AUACCAUACCGUACAUAUUUGAAAAACGACCUACCACUCAAAUCGCCAGCACAUCAUUCAACCGUUGAAGGAGGUAAAUUAGCCAUCAUGAAGCUCGUCGCUAUCUUACUUGCCUUUGCUAGUAUCGUCGUCACCCAGGACCUUGGUAAUCUUCCCGAUUGUGCAAAGAGUUGUCUGGCCGAGUAUACAACCGGCAACAAGAUAGGGGAUUGCGCCAGGCUCGACGCCAAGUGCAUCUGCGCUAGCGAUACUUUCAUCAGCGGCAUCGCGUGCUGUUUGGCUGGCGUCUGCAACGCCGACGAACAACAGCAGGCCGUCGACUUUGCCCGUAGUUUCUGCAGCACACAGGGAGUCACAGAUCUUCCACAGUCAGUGACCUGUGCCACCGCGUCGCCGUCGUCUUCUUCUUCUUCGCCUGCCAGCACGCCGACCUCUGGGUCGACAAACCCCACAGUCGCAGGCACCCCGAGCGCGACAGUCACGCCGAACGCGGCCUUACCUUCUAAAUCGGGGGCUAACGCCGGCCUUUUCGGCGGCGUGCUCGCCGCGUUAGCGAUGCUGUGAGGCGGCUAUUGGGCAAUGCUGCCUUGGAUAUGCUUGAAUUCAUCGAAGGCGGGGCGCAAAAUGCGAGGAUUUAUAAUAUGUACAUCGAGAUGAGGUCCAGAGCGGCCAUGAGCGGCUAUGAGCAACACUGAGCGACACUGAGUGGCAGGAAAAUGUAAUAAGGCUGCGUAUUUAUGAUGAGGGCACAAGUCAUAGCUCUUUUAAUUUGGCAAUGAUCACCGGUAUUGCUGCUCAGAUCUCAGGUGAUAUUACGUGAUUUGACGGCAUUCGACUGUCUACUAUUCGUAGUGUGCCUAGACUGAACGAAGAGAUUCCUUAU